AUGCUUGUCGUCCAACAUUCUCAAAUGCCUAGCUCGCUCACCGCGGCGAUACCUUCUACCUCGAACAGCCUACCUGAAGCCACUCCACUCUCAGACUCGCACUUGAGCCAGACUCCGACUACCGUACCGUCAACAGAUAGUUAUUACUUCCAUCCUCGUUACCAAUCACACACUCCUGGUGCCGACUUCGUGCUAGCUUCGUCUGAUCAACCACAGUGUUGGUUUGCUAUCGACAGUCAAAGACUCUUUGGUACCGCUUGGAGUGAUUUUGAAAAAGCUCAUCGACGAGGUCGAGAAAGUCAUCAAGCAUUACCCGUCAUCCAUCUCAACGAGUCCCGGGCGGUACUCGAGAAUAUCCUAUUGACCAUGGACCCAGAGGCUAUGCCUGAUUUUGGUCAGACUGACUUCGAAACGAUUGUCUCCACUUUGGAGAUCGCUGCCAAUAAGUUCAACCUUUCAGGUGUUGAGAAAUUAUGCCUUUUUGCACUCAGUCUGCACGUUGAAUCUUACCCCAUUGAGAUAUUCACCCUCGCUCUCCAUUACUCGGCAGAUUGGUUGGCCAAACGUGCAUCCCCGCAUACACUCAAAUUCGACCUACAGGAUGCAAAGUGUCAGGAUGUACUUUCACAAGAGAGCUUAGCAAGUUUGCUUGAACUACAUACACAUCGAAUCGUCGAAGCCAAAAAGAUCAUUUGCUCUUUGACUCCGUUCGUCAAACAGACUUGCCAAGAUUGUCAUACAGAUGAGCUAGAAAAACUUUGGAUUCGAAAAUCCGAAGAAAUGAUUCAAAAGAUCAAUCGACCUGAUCAAAAUUUAACUCAACUCUUUAAUCGUAUUAUUCUUCGUCCUGCAUUCUAUGAGGUUACUUGUCCAUCUUGUUUGGAUCGAUUGUUGGAGAUUGGAGGAGAGAUAGAGCAUCGUUGGAAAGCGGUGCGAUCCUAUAACCUUUCAGUAGAAUAA